AGGAAGGAAUCAUUCCAUCAUUUGUUAUCAACCAAUUUGCGUUUCUAGAUUGCGCUGCCUUGGCACCGGAAGACAGUAUCGUCGGCAGAAUGUUCAAAAUAACGAUUUUUCCAGUCGUUCUAGUAUUGGCUUUUGCAUGCGUUUCGGCCAGGCCGAACCCCAAACCAGACGAGUACAUUAUUACACAUAGUGCCCCCGUAGUGCUGGCAGAUCCGGAUGUUGUUAUUGCCAGUGAUUACGUCGCCGCCAGCCCGCUCGAUACGGUUGUUUACGAGCGAACUUUCCAUGGAGACGUCGCUCCAUUGAUCGCAGCUUACUCGACCCCAUAUCUGACCGCUCCGGUGGUGUUCGACACGGCCUACGAUCCUCCCGUCGUUGCCCUAGCUCCUUCAGGUACCGUUCUACUCAAGUAGAAACUCCUGUGAAGAAUGUUGAGUCGCGCAUGAUUCCGUUACCAAAUAGUUUAUACUGUGAUGUCAAUAACUGUAGUGUGAGAUUUUUGUAAAACGAAAUAAAUGGAUGCGACGGGGAAUAUUGUUA